AUGCCGGCCCGGCUCCGACGCACUCGCCCUGGACAUCCCCACCGGACUGCGUCGUCCUCACCCCCGCCGCGCUGGACUGCUCCGCUCCGCCUCUCCAUCGCCGUUCGCCAGGGCAACCCCUCCCCCCACUGGAGCUCUUCUACCACAACCCCCACGCCGGAUCUGCGCCCCCCGUCAACCUCCUCCUCGUCGUCCUCUCCGUCGACGGCCUCGUCCCUGUCCUCCGCCCCGAGCAACGCUGCCCCUCACCCUACGGCCCCAGUGAGCCCCUCACUCUCCUCCUUACUCUCCCUCACCGCGUCGUGCCCCCGCCCGUCCGCCCGUCCUACUCGCCGCUACCCGCCUCGCCCGCGUGCUCACCGCGUGCUGGCGCGCCCGCCUACGACCGCGGCCUUCCUCCGCCUCCCUGACCUUCCUGCCGCGCCUCCACCACCCCUCGCGCGACUCCCCCCGUCGUCCUCUGCUGCAGGCCGCCACUCGACCGGCCUCGCCGCGGCCCCUGUCGUCGCCCGACGCCGGUGCCCAUCUGCGCCGCUCGGUCCUCGCCUGGUCGGGUGCCGCUAG